AUGAGCAGCAAGAAACACAAUGCCACCCAAGCUUCUCCCUCUCAACCUCAACCUCCAAAUACCGUCGACGAUGAAGUAAUCCACGCCACGAAUGAAUUCCAAAAAGGGAACCACAGAGAAGCCUUGAAUCUUGCCGAGGCUAUCCUUCUCCGCCACCCAAACUCCGCCGUCGCUCACGGCUUCCGCUGCUUCUGCCACUUGAAAAUCGUCCUUUCAGUCAGAAACAACUCUUCCGACGCUCACCUCAGCCUCGCCGAAACGCUCGAACAUGUCAAGGUUUCUGUCGACUCGUCCAAGCGAGCCGCGGAGUUAUGCCCCGACUCCCUCUACUUCCGGUCAUACCAUGUCAACGCACUCUUCGACUUAGCUGAUUACGACAACGCCAAUGCCGGGUUUGAACCCGUGAUCGAAGCAUGUGAUGCCGCUUUAGCCAUCGAAGACCCCAUCCUCAUGGAAGGUACCAUCUUCAAAUGUGAAGAGCGGGCCAGAGAGUCUCAAAUUCAAGAACUCAGAACUAUACUCGGAGCCUUCAAACUAAUUAGCAAGUCUAUCAUAGACGCUACGUACAUGAAAAAUAUAAAGAAUGAGAUUCAAGAAGUGCAAGACAGAAAGGACGAGAUCGAAAAGAGUGCUAUUAUGGCCAGAAAGAACUUCGAAAGAAAGCUCAAGAACCCCAAGAAAGACACGGUGGAGACACGAGUCAAGGCCUAUUGGAACAACACGAUGAGUACGGAGCUAAAGAAGGAUUUGUUGAGGAUUCGGAUCGAAGACCUGAAACUGCAUUUUGUGAAGAAUGAAUCACCGGAGGCUGUGGCUGUGGCGGAGGAGGUGAUGCAGGCCGUGGAGUACGUGAAGGUCUCACAGAAUUGGAAGUUUUCGACGUGUUGUUGUUGCGGAGAGAGGAUUCUCGACAUGGAAGGGUUCGCAGAGCACAUGAAGCGUGUGCAUUUAAGGACUUUAUCCAAUGAGUUACGAAUAUUGGUCCAGCCUGAAAUUGUAAUUGAUUUGGUCGAGACCUUUGAAUCAAGAGUAUGGAAACCCGUGGACGUGGUUGCCGCGAAGAAAAUGAUGGAAUAUUUGUCAAGAAAUAAGCAUGGAGAUGAGGACCUACACGAGUCUAAAUUUUUCGUGAACCAGAAAGUUUGGCCUUUUUGCAAAAAUAGCAGGCGUGGUGCGGUCAUUGAUAAAAUUCAAGCAAGGUUACAUGUGUUCUUGAAGAUUAGAUGUUUUGCUUGGAAUCAUUUUCGGGCGUUUAUGUACUUGAUUAUGCAAAUGCUGGAGAAGAAAAUUCCGGAACAGCUGCUUAAGGAACAUCGCAUGGACCAGACGCUGCUCUCGGUGUGCCUCCUUGACACCUCAGAGCUUAGCUUUGUGUUCGAGUUCUUGGAUGAACUCGUUAAUACUUGCGGGUUACGGAGGAUCUACAAGAGUGUUGUUGAUAAGGAUGUGGUUAGAGGUGAGCCUUGUGAUGCUAAUCUUGAGAAGAUUGUUUUUAAUGAGGACUUCUCUUGUGUAGUUUUCGACAAGAGAAUGUUGCGUGGAGAACUUGUUGUGACGAAUGAUGGAGCAGCUGUUACUUCUAAUGCUGAUGAGGAAAUCGAAUUAAACGAUAAUGAAUGUAAAGACGCUUUUGUAGAUUGGUUAUUAGAGGGAAGUACUAAUAUUGGGGAGCAAUUAAAGCAGUGGACAAGUUUGAGAGAAACUAGUAUUAGUCAGGGGAAAGAGUUUUUCAAGAUUUAUGAGGCUGAAUUGGAACGUAUACAGAACAUUUGUGAGAUAAAAGUACAGUAUUUGAGAGACCUUAAUGUAUGUGAGAAUCUGGACAGUAUAUGUGUUGAAGAAGAUAAGAGAAGAGAAGAUUCUGGGUACAAAACAGUGAGUUAUGAGUAUCUCUUGUUAGAGCGGCGAAGACAGAUUGAGAGGACAAAUGGUGAUAUUUUCGAGUUGGCUGUCAUAUGGAUUGUUUUGAGAGGAAAUCAUGAGGACAAUAAAAUAAAAUUAGGGAUCAAGAAGCUGAUUUAUGAGAUAGUUAUAAAGCUUUACAAAUUUGAUGCUAUAAUCAGGACGACUGCUAUUGCUAUGGAGCAGACACGGGAGAAAAUUGUUACGAUAGCUGCUGAUGAUCACCGAUUGAUUAUGGUGCCCCUGCUGAAGUCAUUCAUGCGGGCUCGCCUGGAAGAACUGGCCAAUGAAGAUGCAGAAGAGAAGUCUAAGGCUGCAAGAGAAGCUUCAUUAUCAGAACUUGAUCCUGAUGACAAGAAGGACACUAACAAAGAAGGUGGUGAUGCAAGACAAGGACAGAGAAAAUCGAAGGUAACUGGAAGUAGCGAGGAGCAGCGUGAAAAUGUUUCUAUUCCUUCCUCUUCACACUUCGUUCUUAUGGGUGCUAUUGGAAAGGAAUCUAUGGCUAGGAGUUCUUCACAGAUGGUCGCUAAGUCCAAGCGAUCUCAAGAUGAUGCUACGCCUGCUCAACGGGAGGAGACAGAGUUUCAUGCCACAGAGGAUGCUGCCUAUGCUCGCCGUCCCUCUUCAUCUGCUCCAUCUUCUUCUUCCUCUUCUGGAGUUGAGUCUACCUUAGCUACCAUCCUUGAUCAGCUCCAGCUCAUUCGUGAUGAUCUUGGAGAAAUUCGAGAUACUCAGGCUGCUCAUGAGCAUGAGUCAUUGGAUGCUCCUUCAGCUAGUGGUGAUGAUAAUGAUGAUGCUUCUAGCUCUUCCAACGAUGAUGAGAUGACUACCUCACCAUGA